CGCGCGGUUCCGGCUGCCCCGGCACGGCGACCCUUGGGUCCGCGCCGCGGGCGGAGUGGACAGGUAGGCAAGCGGCAGCCGCAGCUCUGGGUGAAGCUCGGGUAGCAGAGUGCCCCACGGCACCCGGCGCGCACCCCGCACCCUUGGCCUCCGGCGUUCAGGCGGGGGAGUAAGGAGAUGCCGACCCAGAGGGACAGCAGUACCAUGGCUCACCCGAUCGCAGGCGGCGGCAGCGGAGAUCAUUCUCACCAGGUCCGGGUUAAAGCCUACUAUCGCGGGGAUAUCAUGAUAACACAUUUUGAACCUUCAAUCUCCUUUGAGGGCCUUUGCAGUGAGGUUCGAGACAUGUGUUCUUUUGACAACGAACAGCUUUUCACCAUGAAAUGGAUCGAUGAGGAAGGAGACCCGUGUACAGUAUCAUCUCAGUUGGAGUUAGAAGAAGCCUUUAGGCUUUAUGAGCUAAACAAGGAUUCUGAACUCCUGAUUCAUGUCUUCCCUUGUGUACCAGAACGUCCUGGAAUGCCCUGUCCAGGAGAAGAUAAAUCCAUCUACCGCAGAGGUGCACGCCGCUGGAGAAAGCUUUAUUGUGCAAAUGGCCACACUUUUCAAGCCAAGCGUUUUAACCGGCGUGCCCACUGUGCUAUCUGCACUGACCGAAUAUGGGGACUUGGACGCCAGGGAUAUAAGUGCAUCAACUGCAAACUCCUGGUUCAUAAGAAGUGCCACAAACUUGUCACAAUUGAAUGUGGGCGGCAUUCUAUGCCACCGGAGCCAAUGAUGCCCAUGGAUCAGUCAUCCAUGCAUUCAGACCAUGCACAGACAGUAAUUCCAUAUAAUCCUUCAAGUCAUGAGAGUUUGGACCAAGUUGGUGAAGAAAAGGAGGCAAUGAACACCAGAGAAAGUGGCAAAGCUUCAUCCAGUUUAGGUCUUCAAGAUUUUGAUUUGCUUCGGGUAAUAGGCAGAGGAAGUUAUGCCAAAGUAUUAUUGGUGAGGUUAAAAAAAACAGAUCGUAUUUAUGCAAUGAAAGUUGUGAAAAAAGAAUUGGUCAAUGAUGAUGAGGAUAUUGAUUGGGUACAGACAGAGAAGCAUGUUUUUGAGCAGGCAUCUAAUCAUCCUUUUCUUGUUGGGCUGCAUUCUUGCUUUCAGACAGAAAGCAGAUUGUUCUUUGUCAUAGAGUAUGUAAAUGGAGGAGAUCUAAUGUUUCAUAUGCAGCGACAAAGAAAACUUCCUGAAGAACAUGCCAGAUUUUACUCUGCAGAAAUCAGUCUAGCAUUAAAUUAUCUUCAUGAACGAGGGAUAAUUUAUAGAGAUUUGAAAUUGGACAAUGUAUUGCUGGACUCAGAAGGACAUAUCAAACUGACUGACUAUGGCAUGUGUAAGGAAGGAUUACGGCCAGGAGAUACAACCAGCACUUUUUGCGGUACUCCCAAUUACAUUGCUCCUGAAAUUUUAAGAGGAGAAGAUUAUGGUUUCAGUGUCGACUGGUGGGCUCUUGGAGUACUAAUGUUUGAGAUGAUGGCAGGCAGAUCUCCAUUUGAUAUUGUUGGAAGCUCAGAUAACCCUGAUCAAAACACAGAGGAUUAUCUUUUCCAAGUUAUUUUGGAAAAACAAAUUCGCAUACCACGCUCUCUGUCUGUAAAAGCUGCAAGUGUCCUGAAGAGUUUUCUCAACAAGGACCCAAAGGAACGAUUGGGUUGUCAUCCUCAAACAGGAUUUGCUGAUAUUCAGGGACACCCAUUCUUUCGAAAUGUUGAUUGGGAUAUGAUGGAGCAAAAGCAGGUGGUACCUCCCUUCAAACCAAAUAUUUCUGGGGAAUUCGGUUUGGACAACUUUGAUUCUCAGUUUACUAAUGAACCUGUCCAGCUCACUCCAGAUGACGAUGACAUUGUGAGGAAGAUUGAUCAGUCUGAAUUUGAAGGUUUUGAGUACAUCAAUCCUCUCUUGAUGUCUGCAGAAGAAUGUGUCUGAUCCUCAUUUUCCAACUGUGCAUUUUGCUUGUGUUGCCAUUUAAUGCAUGAAUAAACUCGUUACCAGCCUGGAUACAAUGAACCAUUUUAUAUUUCUUACCUACAAAAAAAGCAUUCAGUAUCUUCUAUUGUUGGCCGUAAGAGUCAAUUAUUACAUCUAACUAUGAAAAAGAAAAUGAAACUAGUUUCCAGACGUUCGUGUCAACAUUCAGUUAUACUGGUAAUCCAGCAGCCUACUGAUGAGUAAUGAAGUUGUCCUUUUUGUUUAAAGAAAAUACUUAACCACCGCGUUUAAGGCACAUGAUGGGAUUGUGUCAUAAACCUACUGUGAUUUUUGUCAGUCUUCAUUUAGUCCUUAAAGUUUUAAAUUUUGGAAUAGAAGAGUAAUUCAAAAUACAACAACUUAUAUUACCUAUUACUUUCUGAGUUCUUUGUGUUUAAAAAUUCAGCUGUAAGUUUUAUUACCUUGGAUAAUUAAGUUAUUGAUUUUUAAGGCAACAGUUAUUAAAUUGGUAGUAAAGGAUGUCACUUGCUUAGAAUUAGGGAAUACAAGUUCUCCUUGAGGAAAAAAAAAA